UAGGAUAUUGAUCUAUCUCUGAUGAGGUAAAUCAACCAUUUAUUUCCAACAAAACUUGGGAUACAUUGAUCAAUCUUUGAUUCCAGUUACACCAAAUCAUUUACUUCUAACAGAACUGGUCCAUCUCUUAUAUCCUAUUUGCUUCUGACCUUUGCUAGUUCAGAUAAUGCUAUGGCUAAAAUGAUAGUGAUGCAAGUGGGCUGACAGUAGAGUAGUGGAGGAUGAAGAUAUGGCUGAAAAUGUGGUGCACAUAUGGCGUAGCAAACGUGACAGGAAGGCUCUGGUUUGGCAAGAUGAUUAUGAUAUUUAUUACUUGUUUAUAGUUUUUAUAUUGUGUAAUUAAUAAUUAAAUGAGCGUAAUUAAGAGCUCCUUUCCAAAUCAUAGAGUUGCUGGAACCCCCCUGACUCGGAUGGGCAUUUUAGUCCAAGUAAAUUACAACGACUCUUUUUUGCCAAACGGCGUCAAUAUAACCCUAGAACAGUUUGAAGCGAACCAUUCUCAAUCCGCUUCCGUUUUCUGCUCUCUCUCGCUCUCGCUUGCUACAUUGAAUCUGUUCUCAAUCGAUCUCCCAAAGGCUCUCGAUCUUCGAUCUUGAUACUUUGAAUCUCUGUCGUUCUUUAUUCUACAUUCAAUUUUGAUUAAUUUUGUUGAUCUCUUAAUGGUCUAAUAUUGUUUUUGCAGGCCCUUUUGUUUCCGAAUAUAUAUUUCUGUUUGCAGCUGUUGUUUUUCGCUUAUUUUUUUGUUUGUGUGUUAUUAACGUGAUGGAAGCAGGAUUAAGAGACUCUAUGGCAUUGAACAUGACUGGAUCCAGUCGUUUUCCUCUUCAGGAGCAGUAUCGUCAGAGAAAAAGCUCCCAUGAAAAUGUAUGUCAUCUCUACCCUGCGUGAAUUGAUGUAAAUUUCAUCUAGACAUUUGAUGCAAACUGGUCUAUAUCCCAUGAAAAAGGUCUAUGUUCUUCCAUCUCAUGUGUACUGCCGGCGCAUUUGCUUGGAAGAGGUGGUUCGGGCUCUCCGCGUGAUGCGUAAUGGGAGAGCUGUGGGACCAGAUGAGAUUCCAGUGGAGUUUUGGAAGCAUGCGGGUCGUGAUGCGUGGGUUUGGUUAACCAAACUCUUCAAUGUUAUCCUCCGAACAGCAUGGAUGCCUGAUGAGUGGAGGGAGAGUCUCUUGGUCCCUCUGUUUAAAGGCAAAGAGGCCAUUCAUCUCGUGAGGAGGUUAAUGGAAGAGUAUAGGGCUAGGAAGAAGGACCUUCAUAUGGUGUUUAUUGACCUUGAGAAGGCGUAUGAUAGGGUACCAAGGGAGGUCGUAUGGAGGUGCCUUGAGGCGAGAGGAGUUCCCAUCAUGUACACUCGCGCGAUCAAGGAUAUGUACGAUGGGGCUAUGACCAAGGUAAGGACUUUUGGGGGCGUCUCAGAUUCCUUCUCGGUAGGGAUGGGGUUACACCAAGGGUCUGCUCUUAGCCCUUUUUUGUUCGCCUUGGUGAUGGACGUCCUAACUCAAGGUGUUCAAGACGGGGUCCCAUGGUGCAUGCUUUUCGCGGAUGAUAUUGUGCUUAUUGACGACACGCGAGAGGGACUAAACGAUAAGUUGGAAUUAUGGCGCCUUGCCCUUGAGACUAAAGGAUUCAGAAUAAGUAGGAAUAAGACUGAAUACAUGGAAUGUCGUUUCAGCGGCCGGGAUACAGAAUCAGAGGUGGAAGUCAAGAUUGACUCUCACCUAGUACCUAAGGUAGACAGGUUUCGUUAUCUUGGCUCGGUAAUUCAGGCGGAUGGGGAGUUAGAUGCGGAUGUUGGACAUCGGGUUGGAGUGGCUUGGGCCAAAUGGCGGUUAGCCUCAGGGGUGUUGUGUGAUCCGAAGAUUUCGCCUAGAAUGAAAGAGUGUUGGGCGGUUAAGAAGACUCAUGUGCGUCGUCUGCAUGCGGCGGAGAUGCGGAUGUUACGAUGGAUGUGCGGGAAGACAAGGUUGGAUAGGAUUUCGAAUGAGGUUAUCCGACGUCAAGUAGGUAUGGCACCGGUGGAAGACAAGUUGCGGGAAGCGAGGUUGAGGUGGUUUGGCCAUGUGAGACGGCGGGAUGCUGACGCCCCUGUGGAGCCGGGGGUCUCUUGGAAACAGCCUCCCUACUUUCGAGUAGGGGCAAGAUAUGCAAUGGAUUUUGACUAUGCACAUUUUAUGGUGACCGAAGGAUGUAAAGCUAAAGAGAUUCCGGCCAGUUCACCUUCAAGAGAAGCAUACCGAAAGCAGCUUGCGGAGAUCUUUAACAUGAACCGGAGGAUCCUUGCUUUUAAGAACAAACCACCCAUCCGCCCCCCCUUUGGAUGGUUUUCUGAAUGAGAACUCUUCCGCUUACCUGGCCAAACCUACAAAACCCCGUCGCCACAUUCCUCAGGUAGGCAAGUAGUGCUUGAUUGUUCUUGAGGUUAGCGGGUCAAUGAUAGAAAGGAUUCUUUUUUUCUCACAAUGAAUGAUUUAUUUUUGCAGACAUCUGAGAGGACUUUAGAUGCCCCAGAUAUUUUGGAUGAUUACUACUUGAAUCUACUAGAUUGGGGAAGCAUCAAUGUUCUCUCUAUUGCUCUUGGCAGUACUGUUUACCUGUGGGAUGCUUCUGAGGGCAGCACUUCUGAAUUGG